GGCGUCCUCCGAUUUUAUUCACAGAAAGUGUUCGCCAUAUUGCUUCCGUGAAUUCAGUGAAAUAUUUGUGCAUUUCUCUUCAAUUAUGACUGCAAUAUGAAAAUAGUUUAAAGGAAAACAAUCCUUGUUUGAUUAGUAACUGUGGCUAUACAUUUUUAUGCAGCUCAGACGUUAAAAUAACGUGAAAACGCGUCGAGCGGGCAGCACACCCAUGUCGUAUGAGAAGAUGGAGGUGGUGAAUCCGGCAGAAAAGGAGGCGAGUGAGGUUCUUCACUCGCUCCUGUCGGUGGAGCGCCGGAGUGUGGACAGCAAGGAGGCCAUAAUCGUGGCCAUUCCGCAAGACCAGAAUGGCGGAGGGGAGUAUGGAGAGAGCGCACAGUGGCACACGCCUGUCAUGGGCCAACACUCUGUGUUUGAGAUGGGAGCCUCUCAGAACAUGCAACAGCACAACUAUAAUGGUCACCAAGAACAGGUUUUAUGGCAAGGUCACACAAUCCAAGUGGAGAAUGGCGAGGCUAAUAUGCAAGGAAUGCAAGGUGCUUACAGCAUUGAGUUUUCAAAUGUUGAUGGUGAUGGCAUGGAGGUUGAAACAAAGCCUAAAAUGGAGAAAAAAGGUGGAGCUAAGAGGAAGAAAAAGGGAGCUGAAACAGAUAGCGAUGAAGAGGUCCUCGACAACAAACUUGAGGAUAAUCCUUUACAAGUGAAAGAAAGAUUAAGGAGAGGAUGUGAUUGCAAGGAUAACUGCUACCGUGGGCUUAAUCCAGAGGCUGUCUACCGUCACCGUCUCAACAUUGCUGAACUGACCAAAAGUGAACAUGACAUGUAUCUAAUGGGCAUCACUAUGGCCAGUUUGGCUAACCCGGCCGAAACAUCGCGCCAUAAGGUCAGGAGGAGACUGAGGGCGUGCUACGUAUACCAAGGAAGGAAAGUCUGUUUGGAGGCUUUUCUGUAUCUAGAAAAUGUAACACAUUAUCAGCUCAAACGUAUCAGGCAGCACGUCAUGACGCACGGCGUCGCGCCUCGGAUACACGGUAACGUUGGCAAGAAGCCCUACAACACAUUCACUUUAGACAUAUACAAACAUGCAACUAAUUUCUUAAAGGAGUACCUGAAACAGCAUGCUAGCUCGCCUAAAGACGUCCAGCCUUCGGGCGAACAGGGCAAGAAAGCCAGCAAGACCAUUAUUAUACAGGGAGACUCACGGAAGCACUUGUUUGAAGCUUACAAAGAAUAUGGGGAAAUUCUCGAGCCGGGAGUAAAACUGAUGGGAUAUUCCACUUUCCGUGCAUUCAUGAAGGACCAAUUUCCUCACGUCAAGUUCGCCACUAAGAAACAAGACAUGCCCAAAGACAUGGUUCCGUUCCGCAGCGGAAAAUGCAUGUCGUACGACAAGAAUAAGGACCCGAUCAGGUCGCAACAGGAAAAAGACAAGGUGGACCAUAAGAAGGCAGCUAUGGAGGCUAAGAAAAAGGAGGAUCACGACAGGGAGCAACACGUGCAGCAGCAGCAACAGCAGCAACAACAGCAGGUGCAGCAACAACAACAGCAGCAGCAGCAACAGCAAGUGCAGCAGGUGCAAGUGCAGCACCAGCAGAUGUCGAGCCAGCCGCACGUCGUGAUCCACCAGCAGCAGCCCGGACAGCAGUCCAUGCAGCAGCAGAUGCUCGUGCCGCAGGUGUCGCAGCACCAGCAGGUGCUGACGCAGCAGGUGGGCAGCGUGCAGCAGGUGUCGCAGCACAUGCAGCCGCUGGGCGUGUCGGACGAGCCGCCGCAGCCGGUGGAGAUGGCGCAGCAGGUGAUCCCGCUGGCCGUGGUGCAGCAGCAGCAGCAGGCGUACAUCGUGACGCCGGUGUCGCACUUCCAGACGCGCGUGCAGGGCGCCUGGUACAGGCAUUGACGGUGCUGCCACCGUCGCGCGGUAAGUUAGCGAGAAUACCUAGGUUACGCCUAUUCAGUAUUGAUAAACUGACAUAUAUAGCGACUAUCUGUAAGGAUAAAUUUAAUCAUAUUUACACCAGUAAAUUAGCAGUAGCUAUGUAGUUUAUUUUUGAAUGGUUUUAAAAUUGAUAGCGUUGUUUUACUGAAUUGACGGUUUAUGUAGAUCUUGCUGGUUAGAUUGCGAAUGUACCGAGUGUAGUUUUAUAUUUUCCGUGUGUGUUUAGAUGUAAAUGGAUCAUGAUUAUUUUAUUUUUAGACUAUCUAAGCGUUCAGGUGGUGUUGUCAAUCAAUAUUAAAUUCACUUUGAAAAGCAGUGCCUUUAAAAUUUAUGAUGUGGAUUAAGACAGCUAUGAUGUGUGACUUUCAAAAUACAGAUUUAACCUUUAAAUGCAUAUUGUUGCCAAAUGUAUACAAAGCAUUAGACAGCUCACAGAUAACUAAAUAAAAACAUUAUUUCCAACCAAAAAUAAAAAAAUCAUGCAUUUAAGGGUUAACAGAUAAAAUAGUACAUUUUACAACUAGUGUGAAAAGACAUUUCACACGUGUUGUAAACGACGUUUUUUAAUACAAUUGCGAAAAAAUAAUAAAUUAAUAUAUCAUUAGUAGAAUCAUACCACCAAACCAAACCAAAACCAAAAGUCCAGCCCGCGAUACUUGAGCUGCCGCAGCCCGCGAUACCUUCAUACUCGUGCGCGCCCCGGCCGCGGCCGCCGCGGGCCCGGCGCGGGUUGGUCAACGACACCGAGGAGUAACGAGUGAGGCCCUGGUACCUGCUCCGCGCUAAAUUACAUUUUAACUGCGUUUCGAAAGUAUAGUUUGGAACUAAAAAGUAAAAAGCACUAGUUCGAGAAAUUGAGCUUCUCGCACGCUACGCAGCCACAAAAAGUACCACUUUUUGAGCAACUGUAUUAAAAAUACAGAAUAGUAUGUAUUUAUGCAUACUAAGGCGUAAGCAAUACAAGUUGAUGAAGUACAUAUCACUUUAUUUUUAUUGGUUCAGAAAAAGUUGGUGUCUAUUUUUUUAUUUAAUAUUACAUUUUUAAUGGAUUUGUACUUUUGGAGCUUUUAGAUGAUUCCAUAGUCAAUCACUUUUUGUUCUUUGUUUUUGAUUUUAAUCGCCUAGCCUAGGUACAGUCGCCAUCAAUAACAUUGUAAUAUUACAUAAUGUUCAAAAAUAUAUAAAAAUACACUACUAACUUAAGCGAGUCGUGUUUAGAUAUUUAUAAGCACCUUGUUCACUUUGUAGUUGUAGGCCUAGCACAGGAGCGCCGCGACAGUAUACUCCAUCCCUCUAUGUAUAAUUAAUACAGUUAGAAAAAUACCGGUAGUCUAUCUCGCGGGCGAGAUACUGCCGCGCUUCUGUGCUAGGCCUACUGGUAAUUAUCUGAUGGCGACUACAAUCAAGUGUAAAAAUAAGCCAACAACACAAAAUGUUCCUAAACAUACUUAACACAUAAUAAGGUUAAUUCAGUCAUCAGUAAAAUAUCUUGGAGAAGGUUGAAAUAUAAAAGGUACUUCUUGGUCAGCUGUCAUCAAGGUUACUUGUAUAAAAAUGCUACUAAAGAUAGCCCUUGUAGGCAAGCGGCAAAGAGAUGUAAUAUUGCCUAAGAUUAUCUCAUUUUUACACUUGAAAGUACAAGCAAAGCUGGCAGCUGUCAGCUACAAAUAAAAGACUUCCAUAUAAUGGCGCUUAUGAAUUCCUUAGCCUAGUUUUUAGCCAGUUGAUGGGUUUUGGCUGUAUCUCCAUUGAUUGCGUUAUAAGAAAUAAAUUAUUUUAGUAUAGGUAAAACCAAUAUUUUAGUUGUGGAUGUUAUAAUCAUCACAUGCAUUAUAUCUUGAUCUUUCACAUCUGUCUAUGAUGUUGAAAAAAGGGAGCACUUUUAGGACGUAAGAGUUUACUGAUUUUAAACGUUUAUUUUAUCUUGAUUUCAUUAAUUAGAACAAUAAUAUAUGUACAUGAUACAUUUUUUCCCAUAAAAUUAUGUUUUAUUAAUUAUUUUAAUAGUGAUGUUUCGUUCUUGUCUUUUUAACAUGUUAAUAAAAUUUACUGACACAAUAGUUCUUAGCUCUGGAAAAUUCUCUUGAAUAUCUUAUAUUUCUUUAAACUACGUUAAGAUAGACUUAGUAAAUGUAACAAAAUAGAAGUGUGUAAUCAUUAUCAAUUUUACUACAUAUAGACAGUACAGAAUUGUGCCUAGAAAAUAUGCUUAUCCAUGUAUUUUUAUAGAGCAAUAAUGUGUGCAAUUCGAAGCAGAUUCGUGUUACAUAAUAAUUUUUCAGUACCUACCGACAUUGUGUGAGUGAUUGAUAGUUGUUCCACCUGGGUCUUCUUCGAAUCAGUAAUUCACUUAGCAUAAAGUUCGGCAUCUAUGUCAAAAUUGUAGGGAGACAUCAUGAUGUGAUAGAAAUUAAACUUUUAUACUCUA